AUGGAGGACAGCAUAAGUAUUAAGUCCAAUGAAUCAGUUACAACCAGUGAUGAAUAUGAAUUUGUAGCCAAAACAGGAAUUAUAAAUAGUAACAAUACUUCUAAAGGAGAGCAACCUCUACUUGACAUAGCGAAUAAUGGUGAUUUAAAUGAUUUAUGUAUGCAACUAAAGGAAGUACUAAGUGAUGAAGAUAAAAUGGAAUCAGUAAAUACAUCUAAUUCAGAAUCUGUUACUGAAUUAUCUAAAACAUCAACUGAUAAGGAUUUCACCGAAUGUUGUAGUGAAAAAAAUGAUGACAAAAAAUCCGAAUAUGAUGAUGAUAUUGAUGUGUUUGAGGAUAUACAACAAGAGUGCACAAUUUUUAAUGGGGUCACAUAUCUUGGUUCGGCUGCUAUCAAUGCUCCCAAAAGUGAAAUUGAAAUUCAGAGAAAUAUGACUAUAUUAAAUGAACAAUCCUCAGAAGAAGCAAUAAGAGUGUCAGUUUCGGUACCAAGUUCAUCUGAAGGAGUUGUCGUGUUGUACGAUGCUGAUACUCAACAAGUGAUGGCACGCUAUGAAAUUUACCAAAUACUUUUUUACGCGAGAGGCCCUGCUGACACAUCUGAAGCAUCCUGUUUUGCAUUUACUUGGUCUCAUGGAGACAAUCAAGAAAACGCCAUUUUCCAGUGCCAUGUUUUCAGAUGUGACAUUCUUGAAGCCGUCGGACAAGUUUCAUCCUGUUUUGCAAAAGCCUUUCAAAAAAUUCCAUCUUCAAUGACGUCGAGCAUAAUGCAAUCAGAUGGGAAAAAUAUGCAAGUUUUUGUGUUUGAGGUAACGAUGGAAAUCAAAGAGGAAGAUGGCAGAGGUGGAUACAGCACAGUUCCAAAAGAUAGAAAUUGUUUUAAAUUAAGAGUUAAUUUAGAAAAAAUGUUAUGUUUGACCGUUCGACAAGUUUCCAGCAACGACAAACUUUUAGAAAUCGAAAGAUGUUUUGGAGUUUUAGUGAGUCCGGGCCGAAAUGUUAAACACAGCGAUAUGCAAUUACUCGAAAUGGCACGUUUUUCUGGAGCUGGAGAGACUUUGGUGGUUUUAAUAUCCGGACAGUGGAAUCCUUUGGAACCGGCUUUCAAACCUUUGAACGUUGAAACUCCUCGCGACAGUAAAAUAUUUAUGACAGUUGCAUUAGAUCUCGUUAUAAAAAGAAUUCAACAUCCGGUGCGUUUCUUAAUCGAAACCCCCGUUAAAAUUUGUCCUCAAAAUGAAAGAUUUUGGUACUUGAGUUCUCGCAAGUUGGUACAACAGUUUUACUUAAAUUUAAGAGCAAGCGAAUCGGGUGAUUCUUACGAAGUUCUCAGUAUUGAAACGUCCGGAGAAUUGGAUCGGAGCCGGCUAAGUUUAACUCUUAAUCUUGCUAAUUUUAUUUUAUCACCCAGUAUAAACUCUGUUGAAGAAAUCGUCACUCCCAGGGAAGAUGAAUCAGAUAACGACGAACCGAUGUUAAGCGGGACCGGUGACGUUUCCAAAGACUGUUCCAUUAUCGAACUUGAAUCGUGGGGUGACGUUUUGCCGAGGUGGAAAAGAGGAGAAGAAAGACCUCGACAAUUGACUGCUCUCGUUCAAAAUGGAAUACCUGAAGCGUUGAGGUGUGAAAUUUGGCAACGGUUGGCCGGGUGUGAAAACGAUAGAGUGAUGAUGGAUACAUUUAGAAUAUUAAUCACCAAAGAUUGCAAUUGCGAAAACGUAAUUCAACGUGAUAUUAAUCGUACAUUCCCGGCUCACGAUUUUUUCAAAGAAGCAGGAGGACUCGGUCAGGACUCGUUAUACAGGAUCUCAAAAGCCUAUGCCGUUUACGAUACAGAAGUUGGUUAUUGUCAAGGUUUAAGUUUUUUAGCGGCGACGUUACUUUUACACAUGCCUGAAGAACAAGCAUUUUGCGUUUUGAUCAAAUUAAUGUAUCAAUAUCGCCUUAGAUAUUUAUAUAAAGAUGGUUUCGAUUGUCUACACAUGAAAUUGUAUCAACUGAGCCGUCUCGUUGAAGAACAAUUACCCCAAUUAUCUACUCAUUUGACAAAGAACAAAGUUGAAUUUCACAUGUUUGCAUCUCAGUGGUUUUUAACCGUUUUCACGGCGAGAUUUCCCCUUUUCCUCGUUUUUCACAUAUUGGACGUAUUUUUACUUCAGGGAGAGGAAGCACUUUUUCAAGUGGCUCUUGCUCUUUUGACGAUGUUUAGAAAAGACUUGCAACAGUUGGAUUUUGAAAGCAUAUUAAAAUAUUUCAGAGUGACUUUGCCGAAAAAAUGCAGAUCGAAAGAAGUCGCUCAAGCCGUCAUGAAAUUAGCAUGUAGUUUAAAAGUGAAAAAAUUAAAGAAGUACGAAAACGAAUACACGGCAUUAAAAGAGGCACAAGAUAAAGCCGAAAAUUAUACAAACGAAAUGGAAAGUCUUAAAGCGGCCUUAGAACGAUCGGAAGAAGAAAAAAAAAGGUUGGAAGAAGAACUUGUACAAAUAAAAAAUAUGUUAAAACGUGAAGUUGACAGAGCAGAAUCGGAUGCUCGAAGAAACAGUUCGAUAAUAGCAGAUUAUAAACAAAUAUGUGCUAGAUUAGACAAAGAAAGUAAUAAUAUAAAAGGAAAAUUACGAGAUUUAAGAAACGAAAUGUCUAAAUGUGAAAAUUGUAAAUCGGGAAUUAAAGAAAUAGAAAUUUUAGAAGAGAAAAAAAAUAAAGAAAAUUUGGAAAAUUUAUUAAAAGAAAAAGAUCCUCAAUUGAAUCGAGCAUUGGAAAGGAUUCGCGAAUUGGAAUUGGAAUUGGCACAAACGAAAUUGGAAAGAGUCGAAGCGGAAUGUUGGAAACAAGAACUUACUCAUCAACUCCAUGCGACACUUGCGGAAUUGCAAACGGCCAAAACAUCAUGGAUACACAAAACAAUAUCGUCCAUAAAAGAAGUUACGAACAAUAAAAAAGAAAAUGAACUUUUAAUUAAUCAAAUAUCGGACGUACCAUCAUCAGGAGACAGCGGAGAAUUGAUAAAAAGAGUUUUUGCAUCAAGGAGAUCAAUGAAAGAAAAAGAACUCUUGGGAAAUAAAGAAAAAGAAUCCAAUACGAACAACGAUGUUUCUUUAACGACGACGACGACAACAACAACAACAACAACCGGACGUAAAAUUUCAUUGUCAUCUCCAGAAUUCCAGGACACGGUAAACAAUUCAAACGUUUGA